UCACAUGGGGGAGGAGUUGAUGGGUGUCAUGGCGGCCUCCUGGUGAAUGUUUGAGGUGUUAGCCGACGGAGCCGCAAAAACGUCUCCAAACAACAUUUAUUAGUCCACGAAGUUUUAGGGACGUCUGAAUGUAACAGUGCUUUUAGACAUGGGGACCGUGCACGCCAGAAGUUUAGACCCUCUACCUAUGCAAGGACCUGAACUGGGGGUGCAAGCAGAUGACCUGGACCUGGUGGAACCAGAUCACGAGCCUCAGCAAGAAGUUCUUGAAAACAAAGAUGUUGUAGUCCAACAUGUGCAUAUAGAUGGCCUUGGAAGAACAAAAGAGGACAUCUUGACAUAUGAAAUUGCAGAUGUUUUCCGAGCCAAGAACUUGAUUGAUGUGAUGAAAAAGUCCCAUGAUGCCAGACAGAGACUUCUGCGUCUAGGAAUAUUUAGACAAGUGGAAGUUGUCAUCGAUACUGCUGAAGGGGCAGAUGCAAUGCCCAAUGGACUGGAUGUAACAUUCGAGGUCAAGGAGCUCAGAAGAAUGACUGGAAGCUACAACACCAUGGUUGGAAACAAUGAGGGAAGCAUGGUGCUGGGAUUGAAACUGCCUAAUAUUUUUGGCCGUGCUGAAAAACUCACCUUUCAGUUCUCCUACGGUACCAAGGAAACAUCCUAUGGCCUCUCCUUCUUUAAGCCCCAGCCUGGACACUUUGAGCGCAAUUUCUCCGUCAAUAUAUACAAAGUCACAGGCCAGUUCCCAUGGAGUUCACUGAGGGAGACUGACAGAGGAAUCUCCACAGAGUUCAGUUUCCCAAUCUGGAGAACGAACCACACGCUGAAGUGGGAGGGUGUGUGGAGAGAGCUGGGCUGUUUGGCACGCACUGCCUCCUUUGCCGUCAGAGAGGAGAGCGGCCAUUCACUCAAAUCAUCUCUCUCACAUGCAAUGGUCAUUGAUACACGCAACUCUCCAAUCCUCCCCAAGAAAGGUGCCUUACUAAAAAUCAAUCAGGAGUUGGCAGGCUACACAGGUGGAGAUGCUAGCUUCCUGAAGGAGGACUUUGAGAUUCAACUCAACAAGCGUCUCUUCUGGGACUCGGUUCUCUCUGCCUCUCUAUGGGGUGGUAUGCUGCUGGCCAUCGGAGACAAACCAACAUCCAUUUGUGACAGGUUUUAUCUGGGUGGUCCCACAAGUGUGAGGGGGUUCAGCAUGUACAGCAUUGGACCACAGAGUGAAGGUGAUUACCUAGGUGGAGAAGCAUAUUGGGCUGGUGGGCUCCACCUGUACACCCCUCUACCCUUCAGGCCAGGCCGAGGAGGCUUUGGGGACCUCUUCAGGACACACUUCUUUCUCAAUGCCGGAAACCUGUGUAACCUCAACUAUGGUGAGGGGCCGCGAGCCCACCUGAGCAAGCUGGCAGAGUGUAUCCGCUGGUCGUAUGGAGCAGGCAUUGUGCUGCGUCUGGGGAACAUUGCUCGGCUGGAGCUCAACUAUUGCAUUCCCAUGGGUGUCCAGAGUGGAGACAGGAUAUGUGAUGGAGUGCAGUUUGGAGCAGGCAUUCGCUUCCUGUAACCUCCUGAGGACAUUAGCAUGUCAACUUUGGACAAAUUAAGGCUUUUUACAUGUGGAUAAAACAUGCUCAAACUCCAGCUCAGACAGCAAUUAUGCUUCAGUAGUUGUGUUGGCAACAGACAGAUGCGUUGAAAGGACAAUAGGCUACCAGCAAAAAACAUCUGAGAUUGAUCAAAGCAUGGUUACCUAUGGUAAAGUACCCAUCAGUGCUCUUACGUCAUAUUUAUUUGUCUAAACAGCAAAAGCUUCAAUAAAUCUCCUGUCCCUUUAUA